AUCACGGUGGUGUGUAUAAUUGCAAGAACUGUGCAAAAACUUUGAGCUUUUUCUUUCACUUUCCCUUCUCCCUUGUUUUCUCUUACUUCAUUUUUUGUGCAGUCUGCAAUGGCGACGGCUUGUUCUUCUCACAUGGCAAGUGCAAUUGUCUUUGUUUUGGUGGUAUUUUGUUGUGUUAAGAGUGGUGUUUCAGAAGAGAUUCAUACAGUGGGGGAUAAUAGUGGAUGGACAGUAGGCACUGUAAAUUAUACUUCAUGGGCCGCUUCCUUGAUUUUCCAUGUUGGGGAUAUCCUUUUAUUCAAAUACAACAAUCAGUUCCACAACGUGCUUAAGGUCACCAAAUCCGCCUACCAUUCCUGCAACGCCACCGAGCCCCUCGCCACUUACACGACAGGCAACGACUCUGUUGUCAUCAACAAAAGGGGCCACCUUUUCUUCAUCUGUGGCUUCCCUGGUCAUUGUCAAGGUGGCCAGAAGGUUGAUAUCCGAGUCCCGAAGGCUGAAUCGAUUGCACCGUCUUCCUCGCCUUCUUCAACUCCUUCUCCUGCUUCUUCUUCUUCUCAAACCGAAUCGCCUGCUACUCCGGCUCCGAAUAAGGUGGAUUUGGGGAGGAAGCCUAUGACUUUUAUGGCUUUCUGGGCUCUGGUUUUCAUGGAGGUGGCACUGGUUCUUUGAUCUGAGAUUUUGGGGUUUUCUUAAAUGGUUUUUUUUCCCAUGUUUUGGGGUCUUUUGGUGAUUGAGAUGUGCCUGAGAUAUCAGAAUUUGGGUUAACUUUGUGGAGUUUUUGGUUAGAUUUUGGGGUUUUAUGAUAGGGUGUGGGUUCUUUAAAUUGUCUUUGAAUUUGGGUUCGGUAAAUUGUCUUUCAAUUUGGGUUCUUUCCCUAAGUACUCAGAAAUCGGAGUUUUCUGGUUCCUUAGUAGGUGGUUAGGGUUCAUUGUUCAUGAAUUGGAGGAAUGCAAGACCAAGGAGAAUAACAUAAACCCCUCAAGUUGAUAGUUAA